AUGACAAAACUAAUAAAGUUGAUAUCAAUGAAUAAGCAAGAUGAGGCAGAAACCGUGAAUUGCUCUGAGAAUGACGAAAUGUUUGGAGAGAAAUUGCAAAGCAUUGUGGCAUAUGCUAUGUCAACUAUGGGAAUUGGGAAGUCCGAGGAUUCCGAACAAUCAUUGGGAAUAAAAAACUUGGUGACAUCAGUCUGGGGAAAAGAUAAGAAAGACAACGCAGAGCUAAACUUCAGCAGAUACUGUGAAGGUCUUGGGAGUAAGCUUGGCCCAUAUGAGCCAUACAGUCGAAACAUUCGUUUAGUAUCAAGAAGUAAACAAAAGAUUUUGGAUGACAUGAAAGCAUUGUUACCGAGGAAGGAUCCAGAGUUUGAGAUUCGGCGAAGGAAGUAA